AUGCAUACAGGAGAGAAAGCAUUUUCAUGUUCUGAAUGUGGGAAGUUUUUUACUUGGACAUCAUCUCUUAUUAAACAUCACAAAAUUGACGCAGGAGAAAAAGAAUUUCCAUGUUCUGACUGUGGGAAAUGUUUUGAUCGGGAAAAAAGUCUUAUUGAUCAUCAGAAAAUUCACACAGGAGAAAAAGCAUUUUCAUGUUCUGAAUGUGGGAAAUGUUUUACUCAGAAAUCACAUCUUAUUAGGCAUCAUCAAAUUCACACAGUUGAAAAAGCAUUUUCAUGUUCUGAAUGUGGGAAAUGUUUUACUUGGAAAUCAAAUCUCGUUGAUCAUCAAAAAAUACAUACAGGAGAGAAAGCAUUUUCAUGUUCUGAAUGUGGGAAGUGUUUUACUCAGAAAUCAGCUCUUAUUAAGCAUCACAGAAUUCACACAGGAGAAAAAGCAUUUUCAUGUUCUGAGUGUGGGAAAUGGUUUAUGCAGAAAUCUGAUCUUAUUCGGCAUCACAUGAUUCACACAGGAGAAUUUCUUUUUUCAUGUUCUGACUGUGGGAAAUGUUUUAAUCGGAAAUCAAAUCUUAUCGAUCAUCAAAAAAUUCAUACAGGAGAGAAAGCAUUUUCAUGUUCUGAAUGUGGCAAAUGGUUUACUCUGAAAUCAUCUCUUAUUAAGCAUCACAAAGUUCACACAGGAGACAUUUUUUUUCCAUGUUCUGACUGUGGGAAAUGUUUUACUGAGAAAUCAAAUCUUAUUAAGCAUCAAAAACUUCACACAGGAGAAAAAGAAUUUCCAUGUUCUGACUGUGGGAAAUGUUUUACUCAGAAAUCAAAUCUUAAUAAGCAUCAAAAAAUUCACACAGGAGAAAAAGAUUUUCCAUGUUCUGACUGUGGAAAAUGUUUUACUCAGAAAUCAAAUCUUAUUAGGCAUCAUCAAAUUCACACAGUUGAAAAAGCAUUUUCAUGUUCUGAAUGUGGGAAAUGUUUUACUUGGAAAUCAAAUCUCGUUGAUCAUCAAAAAAUACAUACAGGAGAGAAAGCAUUUUCAUGUUCUGAAUGUGGGAAGUGUUUUACUCAGAAAUCAGCUCUUAUUAAGCAUCACAGAAUUCACACAGGAGAAAAAGCAUUUUCAUGUUCUGAGUGUGGGAAAUGGUUUAUGCAGAAAUCUGAUCUUAUUCGGCAUCACAUGAUUCACACAGGAGAAUUUCUUUUUUCAUGUUCUGACUGUGGGAAAUGUUUUAAUCGGAAAUCAAAUCUUAUCAAUCAUCAAAAAAUUCAUACAGGAGAGAAAGCAUUUUCAUGUUCUGAAUGUGGCAAAUGGUUUACUCUGAAAUCAUCUCUUAUUAAGCAUCACAAAGUUCACACAGGAGACAUUUUUUUCCCAUGUUCUGACUGUGGGAAAUGUUUUACUGAGAAAUCAAAUCUUAUUAAGAAUCAAAGAAUUCACACAGGAGAAAAAGAAUUUCCAUGUUCUGACUGUGGGAAAUGUUUUACUCAGAAAUCAAAUCUUAUUAAGCAUCAAAAAAUUCACACAGGAGAAAAAGAAUUUCCAUGUUCUGACUGUGGGAAAUGUUUUACUCAAAAAUCAAAU